GAAUUGCUUGCGUUAUUUCUUGCCCCCCAAUUUCCCCAUCUCCAAGAAGGAUUUGACUUCCAUGAGCUCACAGGAGUUGGUGGCAUUCCCUUUGAAGGAGUACUUUAAACAAUACGAGGUGGGUUUGCAAAACCUGUGCAACUCCUAUCAGACCCGGGCAAGUAGUCAAAUCCAAGCCUGCGAGGAGAAAGUCCACGUCCUGGAGCAGAAGGUCAGAGAGGCCAACGAGAAGCUUCAGAAACUGAGGACGAACAUCGUCGCUCUCCUCCAGAAAGUCCAAGAA